GUUCAUGAGUACCUACUGCCGCUCUGCCUGCUCAUGGUGCCGCCGCAGCGAAAAGAAGUCUACGAAUCUGAUCCUUCGUCCAUGCGCAGUUGCUGAGCUGAACGGGCCUCUGGAAAUGCUCCAAUCAGGUUCAAAAGUGCAGAAGUCAUCUGGAAGGGCGCUUUGAGAUCAAUCCAGCACGAUCCUUUGCCUGAUUCGUGGUGGUAGACCCAAUCUUCAAGAACCAUGGCCAGCGAAGAAACGUCCAAAGUAGAAGCUGUUGCGCCAAGCUUGGAAUGCGUGACGCCAGGUGGAGACACAUCGUCAAAUCCAAUCAAGGAUGAAGGGGGCAGCCUUGCAAUUGUAGUGCUUGGGGCUUCAGGAGAUCUGGCCAAAAAGAAAACGUUUCCUGCUCUGUUCGCCCUGUUCAAACAGAACUACAUCCCCUCUGAGAGUACUAAGCUCUUUGGCUACGCACGUUCCAAGUUGACAGAUGAAGACCUGCAGGACAGGCUCCGGGGUUAUCUCACAGGCGGCAAGACAGACGAGAAGACAGACCCUGCUCAGCUCGCCAACGACUUUGUCAAGUUGAUCACCUAUACUUCUGGGGGCUAUGAUGAAGAUGCUGGCUUUCAGAAACUAGACAAGCUGGUUGAAGAUUGGGAGAAGCAGACAGCACACGAGGGGCCUCACCGCCGCCUGUUCUACAUGGCGCUGCCUCCUAGUGUCUACCCCCUGGUUGCGAAAAUGGUCAGGAAGCAUUGUAUGGCCAAAGAGGGUUGGACGCGUGUUGUGAUUGAGAAGCCUUUUGGGAAGGACCUCGAGUCGGCGGAGAAGUUGAGCGGGGAACUGGGGGAGCUCUUUACGGAGGACCAGUUGUACAGAAUUGACCACUACCUGGGCAAGGAGAUCGUCCAGAACCUCUUAGUCAUGCGGUUUGCCAACCGGUUCCUGGUCCCGCUCUGGAACGCGGAGCAUAUCUCCAACGUCCAGAUCGUGUUUAAGGAGCCCUUCGGAACCGAGGGACGAGGGGGCUACUUCGACGAGUUUGGGAUUAUCCGGGACAUCAUUCAGAACCAUCUUAUGCAGGUGCUGUGCCUGGUUGCGAUGGAGAAGCCGGUGUCGCUAGACCCGGAGGACGUGCGCGACGAGAAGGUGAAGGUACUCAAGAGCAUCGGCGUGCCCACCCUGGCCGACUGCGUGCUCGGCCAGUACGAGGGCUACACUGACGACGACACCGUGCCGGACGACUCGCACACGCCCACCUUCGCCACCAUCGUGCUCAGGAUCAACAACGAGAGAUGGGACGGGGUGCCUUUCAUUCUGCGUGCGGGCAAGUGCCUCGACCAGCGGAAGGCCGAGGUGCGCAUCCAGUUCAAGGACACGCCCGGCGACAUCUUCAAAUGCAAGAAGCAGGGGCGCAACGAGCUGGUGCUGCGGCUGCAGCCGGCGGAGGCCAUCUACCUCAAGAUGACCGUCAAGCAGCCCGGGCUGGAGAUGCAGGCGUCGCAGAGCGAGCUGGACCUGUCCUACCGCGACAGAUACGCCGAGAUCAACAUCCCCGAGGCGUACGAACGCCUGCUUCUCGACGUGAUUCGGGGCGAUCAGCAGCAUUUCCUCCGCCGGGACGAGCUGAAGCGUGCCUGGGAGAUCUUCACCCCCAUCCUGCACAAGAUCGACGAGGAGAAGAAGAAACCGACGCUCUAUAAGCAGGGAGGUCGCGGCCCCCCCGAGUCCGACGAACUCAUUGGAGCGUACGGCUUCCAGCGCACAAGCGGGUACGUGUGGGUCCCGCCACAGCUGCAAAAGAAAUGAACGACGGCUGUCGCGGAGGGCCUCGUGGUGUUGCCACAAAGCAGGUUGUAGGGAGCGGGCCUCACACUAAUCGGCUUCUGGGUAGUGCUACAAUCUGCCGUUUCGCGAGGACUCAGUAACAGCGCUGAAUCCGGAGGGUUGGGCUUUUGAAAAUCUGAUCUAUUGUUGAUUUAUUUGCACUGCAACAUUCUGCAAGCACUACUUACUGAGGGCAGCCCAUUGUACACUAUGUCAAUAAGACGUAGAGAGUUGCGAGUUUCCAUGGUCACAUUCAAGUCGGCUGAGUAAAAUAAAGGUCAGCAGCAGUGAAGUGCACACCAUCCACUGCUGAUCAAUCGCAAACAUGAUUAGUGGUCUUAUUAUUACGAGGAUUUUUGAGCCACGAAUAUUGCUGAGAUGUAUUUCAAUUCAGACUGCCUUGUGCCAGCAACCGUCAAGCUUGUGUUGCUGAGAUGUCUACCUUUAAGAAUUGUCCAGACUGCCACGUGCCACUUCUUCAUAAGAGAUGCCAG